AUGGGGUCAGACUCUUCAGAAGGACAUACACAGUCUGUCGGUGGAAACCUCGAUAUAGAAACCAAAAAUGGAAUGAUAGCGACCGGAAAAGCAGAUGCCGCCCUCGAGUUCCUGCGCACGGAAGAUAUCGCAGUCAUAACAGAGGUAGAUGAAAAGGCACUCGUGCGAAAGAUUGACUGGAUGAUCAUGCCAUUGAUGUGGGCAGCGUAUAAUCUUCAAUAUCUUGACAAGGUACUCAUCAACUAUGCAUCCGUCAUGGGCUUGCUCAGCGACACAAAUAUGCACACUGAUCAAUUCUCCAACCUCACGCUUGCGUUCUAUGUGACAUACUUAUUCUUCGAGCUUCCGACUGGAUUCCUCAUGCAGCGCUUGCCGACUGCUAAGUACUUGGGGGUUAAUGUUACAAUAUGGGGUCUUAUGACGACCUUAAAUUGCACUGCAAAGAACUUUCCAGGUCUGAUGGUCCUUCGCGUACUGCUUGGAUGUUUUGAAAGUGCGAUUGCGCCUGCAUUGAUCCUGAUCACAUCGAUGUGGUACAAAAGAGACGAACAACCCCAAAGAAUGGGAAUAUGGUAUCUAGGCACAGGAACAGCCUCGAUAAUGGGCGCCCUAGUAGCCUACGGUCUCCUCUUCUACACAUCAGACCAAUUCAAGCCCUGGCAAAUAAUAUUCCUCAUCUUCGGACUAAUAACCAUCGCCGUCGGAAUCAGCAUCUUCUUCUUCCUCCCCGACAACCCCAUGACCUCCCGUCUAACCCACGCCGAGAAAAUCCUCGCAAUCGAACGUCUCCGCGAGAACCAAACCGGAAUCGAAAACAAGCAUUUCAAGCGCAACCAAUUCGUCGAGGUCUUCCGUGAUCCACAGACCUAUCUCAUCGCCAUCAUCGUCACAGUCAUGAACGUCCCCAAUACAGCCACGAGCAGCUUUACCUCGAUUAUCAUCAAGAAUUUCGGCUUCACCACCAAGGAAACAGAGUUACUGAAUAUCCCCAAUGGAGCAGUCAGCAUAGUCAGCAUCCUUACUGCAUCGUAUUUCGCAGGCUGGUACAACCAGCGCUGUCUAUGCGUAGUGGCGUCACUGGCGUGCGGUCUUUUAGGCGGGUGUUUACUUGCGUUCUCGCCUAAGAAUAUGAAAGGCGCCCAACUUGCCGGAAACUAUCUGACGCAGGUUACUGGGUCUGCCCUGCCAAUUAUGUACUCACUUGCCGGUGCCAAUGUCGCCGGUCAUACGAAGAAGGUUUCCAUGAAUGCUAUUCUGCUUAUGUCGUUUUGUCUGGGAAAUAUUUUUGGUCCGCUUACUUUCCGCACUGAGGAUGAGCCGGAUUAUAUUCCUGCUAAGAUUGCCAUUGUUGUUACCAUCUCGGUGGCAAUUGUGUUUACGAUUGGACUGAGGACCUACUAUGUUUUGGAGAACCGGAGGAGGGACAAGAAUCUGGAAGGCGAGGUUCAUCAGGAGAACUCCGAGUUUUUGGAUAUGACGGAUUGGGAAAAUCGGGAGUUUAGGUACAAACUUUGA